CUCUCUCUGCAAAAAUAUUCUUCCUCGUCGUCGGUCGUCCUCAAAACUCCAAUCCACCCACUCCCAACCCCACCCUAACCCCCCCUCCAUUUCCCCUCAUCCUUCAUUCUUACACUGCAUAUUCAGCAAAACCACAUUCUUCUUGGAGGUUUACGCUUCAUGUAAUAUCUGAAAUCUUGCUUCGAGUUUGUUGGUGUUUUCAUGAGUUUGUGCUGAAUCUGAACCGUUGAAUUUGGCAAUUCCACCACGAAUGCUGCUCAGAUCCCUCUUUUUCCUUCCAUCUCUUUACCCCUUUUUGAACCCUUCUAGAUCCGUUGAGAAUUCUUGAUGACCUCAAUUCAUUUCAAAAUGUCGGUGAUGAAAUCCUCUGGCCGAUUUUUCACGAUCGCGUUGGUGGCAUCGUGGUACUCAUCCAACAUUGGGGUUUUGCUACUGAAUAAGUAUUUGUUAAGCAACUAUGGAUUCAAAUACCCGAUUUUCUUGACGAUGUGCCACAUGACGGCCUGCUCGUUGCUGAGCUACAUCGCGAUCGCGUGGAUGAAGAUGGUUCCGAUGCAGACGAUAAGAUCUAGGGUUCAGUUCAUGAAGAUUUCGGCACUCAGCUUUAUUUUCUGUGCCUCGGUUGUCAGUGGUAAUGUUUCGCUUAAGUACUUGCCCGUGAGCUUUAAUCAGGCGAUUGGCGCCACCACGCCUUUCUUUACUGCGGUAUUUGCGUAUUUGAUGACCCUGAAGAGGGAGGCAUGGCUGACUUACGUGACUUUGAUACCUGUCGUUACUGGAGUUGUCAUUGCUAGUGGGGGUGAGCCUAGCUUCCAUUUGUUUGGUUUUAUCAUGUGUGUUGGUGCAACAGCUGCAAGGGCACUCAAAUCAGUGGUUCAGGGUAUUCUGCUUUCUUCCGAAGGGGAAAAAUUGAAUUCUAUGAAUCUGCUUCUUUACAUGGCUCCUAUAGCUGUAGUACUUCUACUUCCUGCAACACUAUUCAUGGAAGAAAAUGUUGUGGGCAUCACGUUGGCCCUUGCAAGAGAGGAUGUCAGAAUUAUUUGGUUAUUGCUGUUCAAUUCUGCACUUGCCUAUUUUGUAAAUUUGACCAAUUUUUUGGUCACAAAGCACACGAGUGCUCUGACUCUUCAGGUCCUUGGAAAUGCAAAAGGAGCAGUAGCAGUCGUAGUUUCCAUAUUGAUUUUUAGGAAUCCUGUCUCCGUCACAGGGAUGCUCGGAUAUUCUCUCACAGUCUUUGGUGUCAUCCUCUAUAGCGAAGCCAAGAAGCGGACUAAAUGAUAGUGUACUGGUAAGCUUCAACCACAGUACCUGUCUAAUUUGUAAUAUGAGGAGGUGGAGCUGUCUACAAUCGCCAAUUUGGUGAAUCUUCAAGCAUUCGUUGUAAGGAUUUUUCCAUCAGACCUACUUCUGGCCAGGAAACUGAAGACAGCAGUGGGAACCUGUACCAGCAAACAAACACCUGAUUAGCUGAGAAGUUUAAAUAAUUUUCUAGCCUUGGAUUUCCAAAGAAAAUCAUUUUUACCAUUAUAUUCUUUCUGCAAGAACAAUCCGAUAUAUAGUUCAUGUUAUUGUAUUUUUGUUACAUUAUUUUUACAUCAAUUAAUUAGUGAAAAAUGAUGGGGAUUCUACAACACUGCCCCAAUCUUCA